AUGGGGAGCAACCAGACGUGGAUCUCAGAGGUCACCCUGCUGGGGUUCCGGGUGGACUCAGCACUGGAACAUUUCCUCUUUGGGCUCUUCUCUCUGUUCUAUGCCUUCACCCUGCUGGGGAACUGGACCAUCCUGGGGCUCAUUUUUAUGGACCCCCGACUGCACACCCCGAUGUACUUCUUCCUCUCCCAUCUGGCAGUCGUUGACAUGUCCUACGCCUCCAACAAUGUCCCCAAGAUGCUGGCAAACCUUCUGAGCAAGAAAAGGACCAUCCUCUUUGUCCCUUGCAUAAUGCAGACAUUGUUAUAUUUGGCUUUUGCAGGCACAGAGUGUCUAAUUUUGGUUGUGAUGUCUUACGAUAGGUAUGUGGCCAUCUGCCACCCCCUACGUUACACUGUUUACAUGAGCUGGAGGGUGUGCACUGUUUUGGCCAUCACUUCCUGGGCAUUUAGCUUCCUCCUGGCCCUGGUCCAUGUGGUCCUCCUCCUGAAGCUGCCCUUCUGUGGGCCUCAUGAGAUCAACCACUUUUUCUGUGAACUCCUAUCUGUCCUCAAGCUGGCCUGUGCUGACCCCUCCUUCAACCACACGUUCAUCUUUGCUACCUGUGUGUUUAUCUUAGCAGGACCCCUCUGCCUGGUGCUGCUCUCCUACAGCCGCAUCCUCUUUGCCAUCCUGAGGAUCCAGUCUGGGCAGGGACGCAGAAAGGCCUUCUCCACCUGCUCCUCCCACCUCUGUGUGGUCGGGCUCUUCUUUGGUAGUGCCAUUGUCAUGUACAUGGCCCCCAAAUCCAGUCACCCUGAGGAGCAGCAGAAGGUCCUUUUCUUAUUCUACAGUCUUUUCAACCCUAUGCUGAACCCCCUGAUCUACAGCCUGAGGAACGCAGAGGUGAAGGGGGCCCUGAGGAGAGCACUGUGCAAGGAGAGGCCAAGGUGA